UUACCCGGUGGUGUGGAGAGCUUCCGGAAGCCUCUAACAGGUUAUCUUCUACCAUAUACUCUCUAGAGCCACAUUCACCUCCCAGACCAUGGCUGAUCUCAGCAAUAUUCGUGAAACCGGUUACAAUUUUACGACAAUUCUUAAGCGGCUCGAGGCUGCUACCUCGCGUUUGGAGGAUCUUGUCGAGAUUGGUCGUGAUUCUUCACUCAGCCAACAAGAAGAGCCUUCAGAGACCGACACGACCCCAAAGCAGGCUUCUGUUGCUGCUCCAGUUCCCGAAAAGGCACAGACUGAGCCAAAGGCCGACUUACCUCAACUUCCCAAGUCUGUUUCUGAUUACGAUGCGUAUUGCAAGACUCAUCUCACUCCCUAUUUGCAAUUAAGCAAGAAAAUUGGAGGACUUAUCGAAAAACAGUCUGAACAUGUGGACAGCGCCUUCCAAAAGCUUCGUGACAUCCUGCAGUUGUCUUCUUUGUGCAAGAAACCUGUCGUCACUUCUCCUGAGUACACUGAAAUGCUGAAGCCUGUUCAGCAAGAGCUGCUCGGGGUUACCAAAAUUCGUGAUGAGAAUCGCAACUCGCCUCAGUUCAACCAGCUGUCAAUGGUAAUGGACGGUAUUAGCAUUUUGGGUUGGGUCACCGUUGAACCUGCUCCUCUUGGCUUUAUGGGUGAGAUGAAGGACUCUGCCCAGUACUAUGCCAACCGUGUUCUUACGGAAGUCAAGAACAAGGAUCAGACGCAAGUUGAGUGGGUCCGCUCAUACCUGAAGCUUUUGAGCGAGUUGCAAGUGUACGUGAAGGAACACUUCAAGACUGGACUGCAAUGGAGCACGGAUGCUUCUGCUGCGGACUUGGCUACUAAGCUUAAGGAUUUGAAAUUGGAAGAUAGUACUGCUCCGUCUUCUGCCGCUUCUUCUGCAUCCGUCCCCCCUCCUCCACCUCCUCCUGCACCUACGGGUAACUACUGGGAGAAGGAUGAUGAUACCACACCCAAGCCUGCUUCCAGCAAGCCUAAUCUUGGUGCUGUUUUUGCUGAAAUUAACCAGGGCGAGGGUAUCACGGCCGGUCUUCGGAAGGUUGACAAGUCCCAAAUGACCCAUAAGAAUCCUGAGCUUCGCAAGCAACCUCCUCCUGUCGCCCCUAAGCCCGCUAGUCCCGGCUCUCAUGCUGUGAAGAAGUCACCCGCUCCUGCACCCAGCAAACCUCCUCGUCUCGAGUUGGAGAACACCAAGUGGUUCGUUGAGAACCAGACGGACAACCACAACAUUAUCCUUGAAAACGUUGAGCUCAAUCAUACUGUUCAAAUUUUCAACUGCAACAACUGCACCAUUAUCAUUAAGGGCAAAUUGAAUGCCGUCUCAAUGUCGCGUUGCAAGCGCACAAGCGUUGUUGUCGACACUCUCGUUGCUUCUUUGGAUAUUGCGAACUGCGCCAAUUUUGGAUGUCAAAUUAUGGAAAAGGUCCCCAUGGUGGUCAUUGACAAAUGUGACGGUGGAUCCAUCUUCGUUAGCAAGCAAUCGCUGGACACCGAGUUUGUUACGAGCUGUACCACGAGUCUUAACAUCAACAUUCCCACAGAUGAUGGUGACUACAAGGAGUGUGCUAUGCCUGAGAUGCUGAAGCACACCGUUAACGAAAAGGGAGAGUUUGUCACCGAAGUUAUCCGCCAUGAGUAAGCAUAGCUACGAACGAAGCGGUAUGAAUGGUGACAAUGCCCGUUUAUAUGACCAACUUCAUGAAGUGUGUUUUGUUGAAUCUUUAUAUUUAGAUGCAACGUUGCCACAAACAAUUUUGCCGAUGUUUUUACAAAUCUACUCACGCAUGCAUUCUAACUGUUGAUGACACAUUCUUUGUUUCUUCUCCGAUCAGGAGUCGCCUCAAUGAGUGAAGGGAUGGAGAGGGACCUUGAGGAACUGGAAAAAGCCGAACCUGAAAGGUCGAUGAAACCAAUUUGGGUGGAAACGAAACUGAAAAAGCAAGCCACACAAAAGGUGAUUGCAAUGUGUUUUAUCUAACCGGGCCAUACUGAAGCCGUCUAUCUACCGUUUUGCAGAACCUCAUCUAUCCUAUCCAACCCCCCUCUAGUCAUCCCCAUUACUGGUGUAGGGAAACGCAUUUCCUGUCUCAAGGGGCAGGUUGAGUGGGUCUGUUGGAUUGGUGGGUGGAUGAGUGUAUUGGUGGUCCGGAUGGAACGUUUCCUAAGUAUCGACGGACAGGCACCCUGUUGUUUUUGUUUCUGCGCACCCUACUUCCGUACCGAUCGGUAUCUUCCCUUCUGCACAUCUCUUCGCUUUGGUUUAGUCCCCACCCCCGUCCCCUCCCCCUUUUGUCUGGUCGGAACAACUCGACCUGCAAAGUGGGUAGAGUGCGAUGUUUGGGUUAGUUCUUGUUUACCAUUCCGGGCGUAAGGCGCUCUGGACCGUAAAUAAUUACUUGUACCAAUUUUCCUCCCAUGUUUCCUAGCUAGUACCCUCGCCUAGACUUUGUCGCCGUGUGAUGUUAAUGGCUGUACGUAGCGUCAUUUUCUGUAACAGACUACUCCUAUGCGCACACGUGGUGCCCACGGCGCCCGUUUACACUGCCUUGCUGUGUUCUAGGUCGUCGUCUGCGCAAGAAACAAUU